CUCCUCUGUUCUUCUUCUUCUUCCUUCAAUUCCUUCCUCUCCCACUGCGAUUCUGAUCUCUCUCUCUCAGUUAUGGCGUCUUCAUAUAGACCUGAGAUCGUAGAAAGGGGUGAUAAAGACAAAGACAAGAAGGAAGGUGAAAAUGAAGAGAAGGGUGGAUUCCUUAACAAAGUGAAAGGUUUUAUGCAUGACGUUGGCGAGAAGAUUGAAGAAAAGAUGAGUUUCGGGAAGCCGAUUGCCGAUGUCACUGGGAUUCAUAUUAUCUCGAUCAAUCUUGAGAAGGCUGAGAUUGUCGUUGAUGUUCUGGUUAAAAACCCUAAUCCUGUUCCCAUUCCUCUAAUUGACAUUAACUAUUUGAUAGAGAGUGAUGGCAGGAAACUGAUCUCUGGUUUGAUUCCUGAUGCUGGAACAAUUCAUGCUCAUGGAGAGGAGACUGUCAAAAUUCCUCUGAAGUUGGUUUAUGAUGAUAUAAAGAACACAUAUCAUGACAUUAAACCUGGCAGUAUCAUUCCUUACAGGGUCAAGGUUGAUCUAAUUGUGGAUGUGCCUGUUUUUGGGAGACUGACAUUGCCACUUGAGAAAACUGGAGAGAUCCCUAUUCCUUACAAGCCCGACGUCAGUAUUGAGAAGAUACAUUUCCAGAGAUUUUCAUUUGAAGAAACUGUUGCCAUUCUCCAUUUGAAAUUGGAAAAUAAGAAUGACUUUGAGUUGGGAUUGAAGGACCUCGACUGUGAAGUUUGGCUCUCUGAUAUUAGUAUUGGACGCUCGGAUCUCUCCAAAUUUACACCCAUUGAUAAAAAUGGGAUCAGCUACGUCGACUUACCAAUCACUUUUAGGCCUAAGGACUUCGGUUCGGCACUUUGGGAAAUGAUUAGAGGAAGAGGUACUGGCUACACCAUAAAAGGGAAUAUUCGUGUCAACACACCUUUCGGUGAGAUGAAGUUGCCCAUCAUUAAAGUGGGCGGUACCACUCGCCUCAAGAAGAAUAGGGAGGAUGGUAGUGACGAGGAUGAGAACUAGGAGUAAAUAAAAGAGCACCAUCUGGAGGAAGAGUGGACGUUUUUUUUUUCUUUCUUAUAAAAAGAAGUAUGAUGUCCUUCCAUAGACAUUCCAAGGGAUUGUUGACUGAACUCUUUUGUCACUUAAUUGUCAUGGUCACUAUGUAAGAGGCGUUUCCUUUUGUUUUAAACUACUUAGUUUUGGCACUAACUUUGGAUGGUGAAUUUGUUGCUUUUGGAAGAGAAUGAAAGUGUUGAAAUAGCUAAUGUUAGCAUUAGGCGCCUUUCGCUUCA